AUGGGCACCACCGUGAUAUUUAAUGUCACAUAUCCUACAAAACUCUAUGUUGAUGAUGACAACGAUGGACAAACCAUUUAUGUCACUGUUCGAAACGAAGACCGUAUCAAAAAAUGGGUUAAAGGAGCAUCAGACGGCGUGCAAGUUGGAGGAGAAUGUCCGAUGUGCGAAAGCGUAUGGGUAGAUAAAGAGAAAAAUGUUUAUAUGACAUCAGUGAUGAGACAUUGUGUGUAUAAGUGGUCACCACUAACAAACGUUACAACGGUCGCCGCUGGUAGAGAAAUGGGUCAAGGAUCUGGAAGUGAUUCUCUCAAUUCUCCUGAAGGUAUUUAUGUCGAUAAUACCAGUGGUACCGUGUAUGUCGCUGAUUAUGCGAAUCAUCGCAUCCAGAAAUGGUUAAAAGAUGCUCUUAAUGGUACCACUGUGGCUGGAUUUAGCACGGGCAAUCAAGGCAGUGAUGCAGAAUCGUUGUCGUAUCCGACUGCUGUAUGGGUCGAUGAUGAAACUCAAGUUGUGUACGUGGCAGAUUCAGAUAAUAAUCGAAUUCAACGUUGGUUACCGAAUGCAUUCAUAGGUGAUACUGUUGCUGGUGGAGCAGCAUCUGUCACGGGAGAUUUUUGGAUAUUAGUCCAUGGUCCAGCUUUGGUCGGUCUUACAUCAAUUACAACACCAAUUGGUAAGUUAGUUAAGAUUUAGUAGAUUUCUAAUUUGCACAGUGCUUCAUCAGAAAAGCAAUUUUUCUUCGUAUGUGAAAUUACUCUAGGUUUCAUUAUUGUAACGAUGCUAGCUGUGAGAAGACAUUCAUUUGUAAAUAGAUUCGAGUCUCCACAUUUACAUCAGCACAAAUUCUCUGAUGUUUUUUUAAUUGAUACCAUACAAAUUUACGCACAAUAUGCGUUUCUGAUUGACAUGCGCAGUUUUUGAUUGGUUCUUUCUUCCAUCCUCAUAAUAUAUCGCCUUGCGACUAGCAGCACGUAGUUCGUUAAAACAUAUAGCUAGAUUGAUAGUGCUAAUCUUAUCCACCAUUUAUACUUCUUUUUGAAUUAUUUGAAAUAGCACUGGAAUCAUAGCAGUCCUUGCUUGCCUCACCAUAUUUGUUAGACUUUAUUUUUACUAUAUUUUCUAAAUAUUUACUUUUCAUUUGUUAAAGUUAAUGCAGUUUUGUUGACAACAAAAAUUAUGCUAUUUCUUUGUAAUAUCUGUUAAUGGUCUUUGAGUGAAUGCUUUCGAGAAUAAAAUAUACUUUUUUGAUAAUAGAAGCAUAAGCAAUUCUUACGAAUACUUAUAAGCUAAGUAUUUGGAUGUUUUCUAAUCAUUUUGAAACUUGAAUUCAUAGGAUGAUGAUAGUAGUAACAUUGUACAGUUUAUGAUAAUUAUUACCCUUUAAUCUAAAUUAACAAAUUAUUUAGACUCUACGAC